AUGCAACUCACCAGCUUCCUCCUCGCCAGUCUGGCCUCCGUCUCCCAGGCCGCCGUCAUCUGGGACGGCAGAUUCAACGACCUGGAGACUGCUAGCGACCUCAAUGACUGGUCAUGGAGCAACCAAGUCGGGCCCUACCAAUACUACAUCCACGGCUCCGGGACCGUAGAUAAAUACAUAGCCCUCUCGGCCGACUACGUGAACCCGGCCGACACCUCGUCCAAGCAGGGCGCCAAGUUCACCCUCGACAGCACGGCGUACUGGAACGGCCAGAACAUGCGGCGGAUCGAGCUCAUCCCGCAGACGACGGCGCCCAUCAACCAGGGCAAGGUGUGGUACCACUUCACCAUCUCGCGCAAGGAGGCCAACGCGCCGAGCCAGUUCCGCGAGCACCAGAUCAACUUCUUCGAGAGCCACUUCACCGAGCUCAAGUCGGGCUGGAUCAGCGGCGAGGCCGGCACCAGCAACCCCAAGCUGCAGUGGAUGGUCAGCCAGCAGAGCAAGUGGAGCGUCGACGAGUGGCAGCCUGAUGUCUUUUACAACUUUGCCUACGAGAUCGACUUCUCCGCCAACACCGUCGGACUCUGGCACUCCACCGGGGCUGACGACCUGACCCAGGUUGUUGCGCCGGUGUCAGCUUCCACCUCGUCAAAUGGUGCUGACUGGCACUUGGGUGUCCUUGAGCUGCCGCGCGAUGGAUAUCCUGACGCAAACGAGGACUUCUACUUCUCUGGUGUAUACAUCGAGUCCGGCUCUAUCACUAAGACUGUUGCAGGCCCGGCUUAG